AUGCCCUCAUCCAGCGCCAAGAGCUAUACCGACUUAUCCAUCGAGGAUAUCAUUGAUCAAUGUCGAAACCCAACGCGAGAGUGUAUCGACAACAGCGGCAAGGCGGAAAUUGUUUCAUUUGGAAACGUUGUCAUCAAACAUGGCAAAGUCUCUGCUGAGGAAAUUCAAAAUCAAAUACACGCCCAGGCUCUGCUCGAUCCUGCUAUUGUUCGAGUUCCGCGAAUCUACUCGCACUUCUCUGUCAACGGGACCGAUUACGUCGUGAUGGACAGGAUCUGCGGCGAGAAGAAGGAGGUUGUACGAGACCAAGACACUGUCGACAGGAUCGCCAGAAUCGUCACUCACAUGCAUAAUUUCACUUCGAACACGCCUGGCCCUGUGAAUACUGGAGUCUACUCUGGCCCCCUCUGGUCAGAGGAUGAUCAAGUUACUUUAACGACAAAGUCCAGCCUGGAAUCUUACGUACGCUCCAGACUCAAGAGGCAAUCGAACAAAUUCACGAUAGCAGUGACACCUUUGGUUUUCACUCAUGGUGAUAUAGCGCUACGAAACCUGAUUUUCGCCGAGAAGGAAAUCUGGCUUCUGGACUGGGAGUUCGCCGGAUACUUCCCACGGUCUGCCGAAAUUGCAGCGCUUCGACUCGGCGUCGGAAAUUGUGGGACUGAUUUGGCCUUUCACCAGGCGAUUGAGGCGGCCAUUCUCCGCGAGAGACCUUUAAGUAGCCGCGAGUCGGAGCAAGUGGCAUGUUGGCUAGAGUUGGCCGUUAAUCACUUCCGCUUCUACUGGUAA